AUGAAGGUGUCCGCACUUCUGUCCCUCAUUCCUCUGGCUGCUGCCCUCCCCGGCUCUCGCUGGGCUACUAAAGAUUCCAACGGCGCCUUUGGUGUCACCGCCGCUCGCUCCGGCUCGCCUAUCCACUUCUUGCCUUUGACUGCUGCUGGCAGCAAGUUCUGGCUUGGUGGGAAGAGCCAGACCUACUGCCCGGAGGUCGUCCCCAACUGCGCCCAGGGCACCAACGACACUAUCAUCUACGCCCACAAUGCCCUGGAUGUCAUCGUGCCCGGUGGUCAGAGCAUCUACGUCGACCGCACUGGCGCCUUGAGCUUCACCACUCCCCACUCGGGAUACAUCCCCCCGGGCUCUUCUCAGGGUCCCUUCAAGUACACCCCUGGCCAGUCACUCGGUACCUGGACCUACGCAGGUCAGGGUGCCUCGGGCUUCAUGGCCUGCCCUGCCCCGGCUAACUCUACCAUGGCCGCUCGUCAUGUUCGCCGCCAGGCUCGUCCGACUGCCAACCGUUGGCAGGUGUUUGCCGCGCUGCAGAACGCGACUGUUCCCACUGGAAAUGUGAAUGACUGCCUUGGCUUCGAGGCUAUGGCUAUUGGUCUGAACAUUUCUUCUGGACACCUUGCUUGGGAGUACAUCUAA